GUUCCCAGUAAAUUCCCACAAUCGCUUUUCUCCUCCAGACUGGUGGUGCUAGAGAAACGAAACGGAAGUGGAGAUUCAGCCGAUCAACUACAAAAACCCCCAGUAAGAACGCAGUUCUCAUUAUUAUCUAUUGAGAAGACUAAAUCACCACCACCACCACCACCUAUCAGGUGCUAAUCAUGGAGGAUUUACACAUUGGCAGAGAAAUUGUGGAGGUCGGUUCUGAUGAAAUUGUUGAGGUCGGUUCUGAUGAGGAGGGUUCUGGCAGCAAGCACUUGGAAGAAUCUACAGAGACUCAGGAUGGAAGGAAUAUGGCUGACGAGGAGGAGGGGAUGAUUAUUGAUACUCCACAAAUGGAGAUGACUCCAGUGAUUGAUGAUGAUUCUGCACCAAUACAGACAGUGACUCCUCCACUGUUCCAUAAUCCACAUUUAGAUGAUGGUCUACAACUAGAGGUGUCAACUCCAGUCACUGAAAUUGUACCUGAACCAGAACCCCAACAACCAGAGAUUGAUUUGACAUCUUUUUUUGUCACGGAUCAGGUGUUUGAAUCGCGUGAGGCAAUAAUACAGUGGUGUCAAGAGGUUGGAAAGAAGCAUAACUCGGUACUGGUCAUUACAAAGUCGAUGAAAACACUAACAGGAAAGGGGUCAAAACUUGAACUUGGAUGUGAGAGAGGUGGUUGGUACAAGGAUCAUCAGAGGAAGAGUUUACAGCUUAAAACUCCCGUGGCAAAGAAAAGAAAAAGCAGUACUAGGAAAUGUGGUUGUCCUUUUAAAUUGAGAUGUUCAUGGGUUGAAGGAAAUAGGUGGACUCUUCAUGUAAGGUGUGGAAGUCAUAAUCACGAGUUAUCAGCAACACUUACUGGACAUGCAUAUGUUGGUAGGUUGAAAGAGGAGGAGAAGCAGUUAGUAAUUCAUUUGACAGCAACUGGUGUUCAACCACAACAAGUACUUACAGCACUUAAAGAGAAGAGCAAGGACAACUAUUCUACUUUGAGAACGAUAUACAAUGUAAAGGCCAAACUAAGGAAGAGUCAGGUUGAAGGUAAGCCGGCAAUGCAACAGUUGAUGGAGUUACUGACUCAAUACCAUUAUGUAGAAAAGCAUAGGAGUAAUGAAGAAACAGGUGAGGUGAGAGAUGUAUUUUGGGCUCAUCCAGAAUCGACGCUACUGGCCAAAUGUUUUCCUUCGGUUUUAAUGGUUGAUUCUACAUGCAAAAUUAAUAGAUUUAAGAAACCGCUUGUUCAUGUUGUCGGAGUUACUUCAACGGGGAAAUACUUCACAGUUGCAUUUGCCUUUAUGGAGGCAGAGACAGAAGAGCAUUAUAUUUGGUUGUUCACGCAGCUGAAGUGGAUAUAUAUGCUAAAUACGUUGCCGUCCUUAUUUGUCACGGAUACAGAGACUGCAUUGAUAAAUGCAAUUGAUAUUGUGUUUCCGAAAGCAAGUAGAAUUCUUUGCACGUGGCACAUAAAUCAGCAGGUGCAAGGCUACUGUGAGAUGGCUUUUGAAGAUGAUGAAGAGUGGAAACAGUUUAACAGUGAUUGGAAUCGUGUUUGGCAAGCUCAGACAAAGGAUGAAUACGGCGAUGCUUAUGCUGAUCUAUCAACAAAUUGGGCAUUGAGCAACCCUGCAUGCGUUAAAUUCUUGUGUGAUACUUGGUUGAUACAGAAAGAAAAAUUUGUUUUGGCAUGGACAAAUAAGAUCAAGCACUUCGGCAACACUACGACAAAGGCUGAAGGUGAGCAUGAAAAACUUAGGAAAUAUCUCGGUACUGCUGUAGACAGUUAUACUACUUGUUGGAAAGCAAUGCACACCAUGAUAAAAGAUGAAAUUGCUCAAAUCAAGUCCUCUUUCGAGCAAAGCCUGACCACUUUGAAACAUGAACAUUUGUCACCUGCUUUCGAGGAGUUGAGGAACCAUGUAUCUCACAAGGCUUUGGAGCUUUUAUUAUUGGAAAUUAGUCAUUCUGAAAAUAUUGACAAGGAAGAGCCUUCUUGUAGUUGUUCCCUCCGCACUACACAUGGACUUCCUUGUGCACAUGAGUUACUGAAAUAUGCUCCUGAGGGUAAGGCUAUUCCUCUAUCUGACAUUGACUCACAUUGGAAGCAACUUUCAAUAGUUCCAAUACAAGAGCUACACAGUGGAUUGGAUGUGCUACCGGAAUAUAAACUGUUAAGGCAUAAAUGGAUGGAAGCAGCGGAACCUGAACGUUUGUUGCUGUUAGAAAAGAUAAAGGAGCUUGCGACAUCCAAGACCAGAAUCUAAGUAUCUCAGGGAUGAGUGAUGAAGUUUUGAGUAUGAAAUGCUUGAGUGUAACAAUGUGCUCUUGAAAUUAGGCUUUUGUUAUUGAUUUCUUCCAGUUGCUUCAUCUAUUAGCUUUGACCUUAAUAUAGUUCAAUUUAUAAAAUUAUUCCGUAUCCUAUUCAA